UCCCUGCCCAGAGCAGCAAGUACCAGCUGGCAGCAGGCAUGCCAGGCCUGCCAGCCCAGGGUCAGGUGGCCUCCCCGCCCCGGCCACCACAGCCUGGCCCUCUGCGCAGACCUCUCCACAGUGCCACCGUGACAGUGACUCCUCCACGCCGGCCCCGGGAAGGCCUGUGCCCGCCGCCCUCAGUGGGCACUGGACCCUCCCUCCAAGCUCUCCCGGCAGGAGGCCCUGGGGCCCACCGAGCCCACAGCUGGGAAGAACGCUGUGCUAUGACAGCGGCCAAGGCCCAGGAGCAAGGUGAGGACCUCUGACCGCCCGGCCUUCUGUCCUGGAGCUUCGACUGCUACCUCAGGACAUGGUUGUGCAGGACAGUGCGGACCCAGGGGACGCCGGGCUGGUGCUCCUGGAGCCCUUCCUGCACCAGGUGGGGGGGCACCUGAGUGUGAUGAAGUAUGACGAGGACACCGUGUGCAAGCCCCUCGUCUCCCGGGAGCAGAGGUUCUAUGAAUCCCUGCCCCUGGCCAUGAAGCGGUUCACCCCGCAGUACAGAGGCACCAUCACGGUUCAGCUACAGAAAGACAGCCUGGGCCACCUCAGCCUGGUCGCCACCCCGCUGCGGGAGGACCAGGAGUCCUUCCAGGUCUCCGCGGGGCCGGCGGUGGCGAUAUGGCAGAAGCUCCAGCAGACCACCACAGGGGAGGGCCCCUCUCCAUCCUCGGGCCCGGCCCUGACUGUCCUGUGCUCCCUCCGCUGCAGCCCGGCCGCUGCCCUCCUGAGGUCCGAGUUCCACCUCAGCACCCACGUCGCCUUCCUGGUGGAAGAUGCUAACGGGAACCAGGCCACGAGGGGGAGCUUGAACCCGUGGGGUCUGCACUGCCACCAGGCCCACCUGACCCGCCUCUGCACCGAGUACCCACAGAACAAGCAGCACCGGUUCCUGCUGCUGGAAAACGUCGUGUCCCAGUACAAGCACCCCUGCGUGCUGGACCUGAAGAUGGGGACCCGGCAGCACGGGGACGACGCGUCCGCCGAGAAGAAGGCCCGCCACAUGACCAAGUGCGCGCAGAGCACCUCGGCCUGCCUGGGCGUGCGCAUCUGCGGCAUGCAGGUUUAUCAAACUGAUAAGAAGCACUUUCUCUGCAAAGACAAGUACUAUGGAAGGAAACUCUCGGUGGACGGGUUCAGACAAGCCCUCUAUCAGUUCCUGCACGACGGGACCCGCCUCCGGACAGAGCUGCUGGGGCCCAUCCAGCGCCAGCUGCAGGCCCUCCUCUCGGUCAUCAGGAGCCAGAGUUCCUACCGCUUCUACUCCAGCUCCCUCCUGGUCAUCUACGACGGGCAGGAGCCGCCGGAAAGAGCCCCGGGCAGCCCGCACCCGCAGGAGGAGGCUUUGCAGCCCACGCCCGGCAGCUGCCCCGGAGGCCUCCCCAAAGUUGACAUCCGGAUGAUCGACUUCGCUCACACGACAUACAAGGGCUCCUGGAAUGAGCGCAGCACCUAUGACGGACCAGACCCGGGCUACAUUUUCGGCCUGGAAAACCUCAUCCAGAUCCUGCGGGACAUCCAGGAGGGACAGUGAGACGUGGUGGCCCCCCAGUUCUGGAGCACAGUAUCCAAAGAGACCUAUUGGUAGCGAGGAUAGUCUAGACACGCCUUAGAUGUCUCUGUAAUAACAUAGCUACAUUCAGGAGCCAUCGCUCCCACGGCAGGCUGAGUGAAGAGCCGCUGAAGAAGGCAGCUCAGAGAUAACUCACACGCCUGGCGUCUGUGCUAACACUGGUCAUCAGACUGGAUGGUCCGGGUGAGAUGGCGCAUGAGGUAGAGGCGGCAUCACAGUGAGACUCUGCAGUGUUUGCAUGGAACAUGCUUUCUUGUCACGCUGCAGUCCUGGCCGGCUGUGAGGCAAGUCCUCAUUGAAGAGGGGGCUCCCGGUCAUGGGUCUGCUUCAUGGGCGGCCUGUGCCAAGGGCAGGGUGAGGUGAGGAACGCCUCCUACCUUCCUAAGAGGCCCUGCAGGGGGGCAGGAUGAGUGGGACAGAUCUGCCAUCUCACCAGCUGCAGGCCCAGGUUCUGCAUGGACAGGACCAUCCCAGCAGCGCUGGCAAACCAACACCCGGUGCUCCGUUUCUGCCUGUGGGGGAAGGUCUCUUCCCGGACUUCCAAGUACAGUGCGGCCUUGACUUACGAGUGUCCUGACUAACAAGUUUUUCAAGAUACGAGCCGUCUCUCAGCCGAUUUUU